AUAUUCAUUUUCGAUAAUUUGCAUAUAAGGUAUCAAAAACUAAAAUUUCAGGUUGGCUGGGAAGGAGUAAAUGAGUUCUGAAGAUAUAGUUGAUAUAGAUGUUGCCUUUGAUAAUAUAUUUUUAUCGGAAGAAAUAAAUUAUGAUAAAGGAUAUCAAGAAGGCACAAUUCGUGGCAAAGAUGAAGGAUUUAAAAAUGGUUUAAUUGAUGGCUAUAGGAAAGGAAAGGAGAUUGGCGAAGAACUUGGAGAAUAUUAUGGUACAUUAUAUACCCAUUUAAUAUUUAAUAGGCACAAAGAGUCAGCCAAAAAAAUAAAGUUUGUGGAAGAUUUAUUAAAACUCAUAGAAAAUGCCCUUGCAUCUUCAGAAGGUUCUUCAAAGCAAAUCACCAUCAGUGAAAUUAGACAAAAAUAUAAACAAGUUUAUAAAAUUAUUUUGAAAGAUAAUACAAAUUUAAAAACCUCAUUUAAAAAUCAUAUGCCUGAUUUUGGUCAUGAUCUUAAAUAUACAGAAGAUAUGUUUAAAGAUUUAUCUUUUUGAUAAUCAUUAGUAAUAUAUUUAAAAGACGCACAAUAAUUAUAAAACAAUAUUUAAUUUAUUAUAUUCUCAAUAUAUUUAAAAUGUAUAUAAAUUUUAAAAGAUUUAUAAUUUUAUUUAAUAUAAUAUGAGAAAAUAUCUAAUGUAAUUUGUUUAUAUAUUUACUUGUUUAAAUAUCUUA